ACGUGUUUGCAUUUAGUCGUGACUGGGUCAACUUACAAGGUACGCGCGUACUCCAAGUGUGGUUCAAGUGUAAUUUUCGAUUUUUACUUCGGCCGAUUAAACCAAAUACCAUACCAACCAGCAUACGAAAUAAUAUACGUUUAGCAAUUUCGUUUCACGUUUUUGCUCGUAUUUCUACACGUUUAUAAUUAACAGACGUAUUAUCAGAAUGCGUAGGUAAUACAAUAAUGAAAAUCCAAAGAAACUCAUAAUAAAAACUUCGUAGAUACGUACUAUGGCACUACAACGGAACUUGACAUUGGCUCUAUGCCUCGCUCUAUAUUUUACGAUAGAAUGGGCGCAUGGAUCCAAGUUAAGGAAACAGCGGGAGACGACAAUCAUGAAAUUCAUGAAGUUACUAUUCUAUCGGUUGAUCUACGGUUUCGCCAAAAUGAUCGGCAUGGGAGAAGUAGCCGAAGAGUUUGGAGACGGCGUGCUAGCACCUCCAGACAGCGAUUACCGACAAGAGGACGCCGAUGAUGAUUACUACGACGACAAUAAAAAUGACGAUUACAAUUAUGAUAUAUAUUAAUAUAAUAUUGUCAAAUUUAUAUUGUUAGCACUGUCAACGUUUGCUUUUGCAAAGGUGUAGUUAAACGUCAAAAGAAAGGGGAAGCGUAAUUAUGGCAAAAAUUAUUUUAAUGUAAAUCAAAUCAAACUGUUACGAUGUGCUAAAGGUAAAUUCAACGAAAUCGAAAACUCGUAUUUAAUAACACGAAUAUCUCGUGAAAUGUUUAGUAUUUCGUGUUUUAAGAUAGGUAUAAUGAGUACUAUUGAUUGUAUUCUGUACAAAUUAAUACUGUACAAAAUUAAUUUAUAGUAAUUAAUAAUAAAAUUAUUGAUGCCAUAUUUUUCACUAUUUCUUAAACGUCUCUAAUAGUACUUAGAUGCACGUAAAAACAAAUUAUUAUAAUUAAAUAUUAAUUUUUUUAGCUACAACUAAGGUCAUUCGCAGAAAUCUGUUAAGUGAAGUAAAGAGAUGUAAAUGAGAUUAUUAAAAUAAAUAAUUUCUACACUUAAAUCAAUUUUGUAGAAUAAUUUAAAACUUAAACUUUGAGUUGUUAUUAUACCAGUACACAUUUUAAAAUAUAACCAUUUACCCUAGUUUCUAUUUAAUUUU